AUGGUACAAAAGUUUACAGUAAACCAGUUCAUAGCUCAUCCCAGGUUUAACAGACGUCGGCACGAGAAUGAUAUAGCUCUAAUAAGACUAAGUAGCAUUGUGGAGUAUAAUGAUAUCGUCAGGCCAAUUUGCAUUAUUGUUGAUGAUGCUGUACAUUUUGCAAAGGAUGUCCAUGCUAGCGUUUUCGGCUGGGGCGUCACGUCUCCUAACUCCGAUGCUAGCGAUCAAAUUAAUACCAUCGAAGUAAAGCGGCAAAGCCGGAGCGAAUGCUUUGAAUCCCUAAAUAGGGCCAUCAGCAUCAGCGAUGAGCAGAUAUGCGCACGAGCAUUGAACGGAGGCGAUUCCUGUGCUGGCGACUCCGGUGGUCCCUUGGGGGCGGAUUAUACGUAUCAGGGGAAAACAAGCUACGUGCAGAUUGGGAUCGUGAGCUCCGGUUUAGGUACGUGUGACAAUUCGGGCAUUUACACCAAUGUGGAGAGCCACCAAACCUGGAUAGUUAAUACGGUGAAGAAAUACGCCGGCCAUUUAUUUGACGAGUGUGGCAGAUAUUUCCCUGAUGAGAUUGCAGUGCGUCUUUCCGAGGGGCCUCAGCGCUAUAUUGCAGGCACCCUGAUCACAGACCGUAAGUACUUACUUUUUAUCAGGGAUCGCAAGUAA